AUGGCACCCGCACAGCACAACCCAGCGCCUGCGCCUGCGCCCGCUAAGAAGGGCAAAGGCAAGAAGGCGACCGACCCCUCGGAGCAGCAGAAGCAGAUCCAGGCCAAGAUUGCUCAGCUCGAACUGGACCAGGCAGGGGACAAGGAGCAGGAACUCGAAAUCGAACGCGAAGUUAAGAAAGCAAACCGCGAACUCUCCUCGCUCCUCUCCAACAUGGACGGCCCGCUGUCCCGGCUCGAAGUCGUGCAGAAACGAUAUACCGAACUCCUCUCCGAUAUGAAGCGCACGGAACGCGAACACCAAAAGGCGAAGAAGCGCGGGGACCAGCUGCAGAAGGAAAAGGACGCGCAAAGGUCGGAGUUGAACAAGGUUACGACAAUGAAGGACAAGUUGGACAAAUUGUCGCGUGACUUUGCAAAGGAAAACAAGAAACUCAAGGACGAACUACACAAGCUCGAAUCUAGCGAAUCCACCGCCAGGCAAGAACUACACGAGCGUCUCGAACACCUGGUGAAUGACGUGGACGAUUGCAUAGCAGCUGCGAACGGGCCUGAACCACAGAAUCAAGCCGAGCAAGAACUGGACGAAAUAUUUCGUCAAAAGUUCAAGUCGUUCAUUGACCAGUACGAGUUGCGCGAAUUACAAUACCACUCGAUGCUGCGACUCAAAGAGCUCGAAAUACAGUAUCACGCCGCCCGACUAGAGCAGCAGCGCAAACAACAAGAAGCCGAAUCUUCCAAGUCGCACCAGUUGACCCGCCAAGUGUCGACCUUUUCGCAGACCGAGACGGAACUACGCACGCAGCUCAACAUAUACGUGGAGAAGUUCAAACAGGUCGAGGAAACGCUCAACAACUCAAACGAUCUCUUCCUCACGUUCCGCAAGGAGAUGGAGGAGAUGUCAAAGAAAACCAAGCGUCUUGAAAAGGAGAACCAGACGCUGCAACGUCACAAGGACAUCACGAACCGCAAUAUUGGCGAGAUGGUGGAAGAGCGCCAAAAGAUGCAAGAGGAGCUUGCCAGGCGGACCAAGGAAGCCGAGGACCAGCGGAAGAAGAUAGCCCGCCUGGAAACACUGUGUCGUGGAAUGCAGGCACAAGGUCGAGGCCAGGUUCCGAUGCAUGAGCUGGAUCACGAGGAGCAGGACGAGGAGGAUGAAGAAGUUACGGAGAGCGAGUACGAAUACGAGGACGAAGAUAGCGCAGAGUACGACGACGACACUGAAGAAGACGGUGUCGAACCGGCGCUUACAACGUCUUCGAACCCGCUCGGAGAUUUUAUGAAGCAGUGGAGUUGGGAUGAUGCGGACCUACCGUCUAUUGCGGACUUCGAUAUGACUGACCAAGCAUUCGACGAGCUCAUGAAGCAGAUGAAUUGGGAUGAUGUGACUGCGCAGUUCGAUGCGGAAAUGGAAGCAAUGGCUGACAAGACUGCUCGUCUUCUGUCAAACGAUGCGGCGAAGUCAGAGGAGCCAGAAGAGCCAGAUUUAGAUGUUGAUUGA